UGGAUCGAAUGGAACCGUUUCACCAAAAUUUUUCUUUGGACGAUAAGUCUAUACAAAAUCCAUUCGCUGAACACGAAAGAGUUCCAAUAUGGCUUGCUGCCAUACUCGUUGUUAUUGUUCCGUUGAUCAUAUUAGCAGGCUUUUCUUUGUGGCAAAGGAAUUUACGUGAUUGGCACCAUUCUUCAUUAGGUUUAAUAUUAAGUCUCACGCUAACACUGGCGGUGACCGAUUUCUUUAAGACUUUCGCCGGACGUCCUCGACCAGAUUUCAUUAACAGGUGUGACCCAUUGCCUGGGUCUGUUGAUGCUAAGCCUUUCGGACUUAGCAAUGCAAGCAUCUGUCAACAAACGGAUAGUGCUAUUAUGAAAGAUGGUUUCAAAAGUUUUAUAUCUGGACAUUCUUCAAUUUCAUUUUCUGGAUUGGGAUUUUUAACAUUUUAUUUGGCUGGCAAAUUACGUGUAUUUGAUAACAAAGGACAUGCGUAUAAAAGUUUUAUCGUGCUUAUUCCAUUAGGUCUUGCAGCAUACAUUGCAGUCACACGAACUGAAGAUUAUCGUCAUCACUGGCAAGACGUUGUAACCGGUGGAUUGAUUGGUAUACCUUUACCAAUUCGAUUAAUUCCCCAUCAUACAGAACACAAAGCACGGUUCACUUUUGAAGAUGGUGCAAAUUUUGAGGUCCUUGUUGUUCGAAAUGAUGGAUCUACUAUUUUGAAAGACACAAAGACAUUGCAAAGUGCUACUAACAAUGAUGAUAAUGAAGAACCUCAUCGACUUGUCUAA